AUGCUGGCCGUGGUGUCAUCGUCCGACCUGGUGCCGGGGGACGUGAUUCUAGUCCGCUACGCCGCGGACGAUCUUUGGCAUGAGCGAGUGCUGUGCUGGGCGUUGCCCGUCGACAAGAGUGGUGCCGUGCAUUGGGUGGUGGCAACACCCGACGGAGACAUGUGUGUGGAGACGAUCGAGGGGGGGAGUCCCGACGACAGCCCUGUGGAAUGGAUCCGCCCGGCGACCGACGGACGCCUCCCUGUUGGUUUCCAGGGCGCCGUGUACUCCUUCCAGCGAGGCGAGAUCGACGGGGCCCUCUUAGAGAAGUGCGUGAAGAAGGGUGCCACCAUGGCGUUGAAGGACGCCAGGGAGCACGGCGAGUCCACCGUCACCAUGACCGUGGCCCGGGCCCCGGGCGGCCGCAGGGUGCCGAUCGAGGAAGUCGUAGGCGCAAGGUUCGUGCAGCCGGCGCUACGUGACGGUGCCCCUGACGGCGCAGACGCGGGAGGAGCCGUGGUGGCAGGGACUGCUACGCCGGGGACCGGCGUGUGGCGCGUGGUGGAGGAAGGCAACUCGUUGGGCUACGACGUGGGCCGUGAGGUGAAGCCCGUGACGGUGUAUAUCGGCUGCAAAGGCGUCUACUCGCCCGACGGCAAGGACUCAGUGUUCGUGGAGUUCAGUGACGAGGACGAGGGCGACUUCGUCAAGAGGGUGGCACCGCGACCCCCGCCCAAGGAGUCCUCGGCGCAGGAUGCGCGCACGCUGGCCAUCAAGUUCAACCCGCAGGGCCAUAUGCGAGACUGGCGUGAUGUGGUGGAUAGCUGCCAACAGGAGGAGUUCGAGGACUUCCCUGUGAGCGGGCCCCGCAGCAUGAGCUGGUGCCUGCAUUUCUUACGACGUCGGCACACCCCCCUGGACCAUCAUCUGAUGUUCCGCAGCACGUGCUCGCUGAAGCCUGAGCAGUGGGGGGUGGUGGCCGAGCACGAGACCUUGCUUCGCAUCAUCGAGCUUGCGGGGCAGUAUGACCAAUUGGAUGUGACGAGCCUGGCGUGCAUGGAGGCGGCGGCGCGUAAGGUGCAGACCAUCGAGUGGGCCUACCACGAUAAGAUCAGGGAGACGGACGCAGGGUCCACCUCGCGGCUAUCCAUCGAGGAGGCCACGGCCUUCUCAAGCCUCAGCCGUGCGGGGGACUUGAUGAUGGUGGCGCCCGCUCUCCUAGAGCACGUGAAGUUGCAAGUAGAGAAGGACGCGGCCAUCAUGAAGAACAUUAGGAAGGCCAAGGAGGAGAGGGAGCUGAGGAGGAAGGACAACAAGGGCAACAACAAGGAGAAGGGGCGUCGCAUCCUGAGGCGCCAGGCCGUCGCCAGCAUAGCCAACCAGGCGAUCUACACCCUCAGCGACUUGGCAGGCGGCGAGCGGGGGUCUUCCGUCUCGCAGCCUGGCGAGGGGCGGGCCCCGCACGGGGCUGUGCAGCGACGUGUAUAUGCGGCCGCCGCGGCGAUGGGCCCGCCACCUGCUCUUUCGCCCUCGGGAGCCCUGCAGGAGCUCCGGGGGUGCACGGUGUACGAGGACGUCCAGUCCACCGUGGUGCCCUUCGACGAUAUGAAGGCCUCCCUGCCGAUGAGCGGGGGCCCCUGCCCUCGGGAGACCUACAUGGACGAGGUGCUUCGGAACUCUCCGCAUGAAUACCGGCGGCUGGUCAAGAGGCUCGAGAGGGCCGGGAUGAUCGACUACACCAUCCAGCCGCAGGAGUUUUGUUCGCUUUUUUUCGUGAGAAAGAAAAACGGGAGCCAGCGGCUGGUCGUCGACUGCCGCCGCUCCAACUGUUGGUUCUCGGCCGCGGACCCCGUCGAGCUCAGCACGGGCGCUGGCCUCAGGAACUUAGAGGUGCCGGACGGGGCGCGGCUGUACGUCGGCCACGUGGAUAUCAAGGAUGCCUUCUACCACUUCGAGCUGCCGGAGCGCGUGCGCAACUUGUUCGCGCUGCCGGCGGUGCCGGCCUGGGUGGCUGGCUUUGCUGAGGUGGGCGGCGUGAGAGUGAGCCCGGGCACCCCUGUGUACCCGCGGCUUCGAGUGCUUCCCAUGGGAUGGUCACACGCACUGUGGGUUUGCCAGACCUUGCAUCGCCGUAUCAUCCAGGAUAUUCCGGGCCUCGAGCCGACCUCGUUUCUACACGACCGAGGGCCAGCGCCUGCGACCACCCCCGCGUGCCACACCGUCUACGUUGACAAUUUUUUGGCGCUGGGCACCUGCCGAUCGACAGUCGAGCAGCUGGUGCGUCAGGUCGAUGAAGGUCUGCAGCCCCGGGGCCUUCCGACACACGAGGUAGCCACGAGCUCACUGGAGGAGGAGGUCCUUGGGUGGGAAAUCAACGGAAGACUGGGCUUCAUUCAGCCGCGUCCAGAACGUGCGUGGCGCAUACGUCUUGCGCUGGACGGCUUGCUAGAAACGAAGAAGGUGUCCGCCCGCGACAUCGAGAAAGUUGUGGGGCACUGCACCUUCCUCGCCCUCCUCUCUCGGACCUCGCUCUCCAUCUUCCGGUCCGUCUACACCUUCAUCGCUCGUCAUCGCGAUCACGGUACCGCGCCGCUCUGGGAGUCUGUUCGCUGGGAGCUCGAGGCGCUCAGGAACGUCAUUCCCUUGAUUCGUCGAGAUUUUGGGGCUCCGUGGAGUUCGAAGGUUAUGGCAUCGGACGCUUCUUUCUGGGGCUACGGCGUCGUCUCACGGGACCUCCCUCCGGACAAAGUUCAACAACUAGGGCGUGUCAGUGAACGAUGGCGGUUCUCGGGUAAGGCUCAGGUCAGAUCUCGUGAAGGGGUUCUGGGGCCCGACGGGAAGCUCGACAUCGGCGACUGGGUGAAGAAGGUGGAGGAGGACAGUCAGGAGAGGGAGCACGCCCUUUCGGAUCUGCCGGAGGUCUUGAAGGAGAGGGGGUGGGCGGUGCUGAUGAGCAAGAAAUGGGAGGUGCCCAUCUCCAACAUCGUUCAGGGAGUCGACGCCCAGAGCGACCACCGCGCCGCGGGGGACAGCUGUGGCGCCGCGAGUGGGCCCGAGGCCGCCCGCGCUGACCUACCCAGUGCGGGGCUGCCCAGCGCUGGGUCGGCGACGGCCGAGGGCGUCCUCGCCGCCGAGCGUGGCGACGGCAGGACAUGCCCGCGGCUGCUGCGCAGCGCUGCCACCCAGCUGAAGGCAGCGCGGCGAGCGCUGCGGCUGCCAAUAGCAGGACGACAGCGCUAUCUGCAGGCUCGGUCCGUCCGGACCGAAGCAGUGCGCCUACGCUACUCGGAGUUCUUAGAGGAGCUGGACCAGUGGCUCGGGCUCAGCGGCCUGAGUCGCAGGCCGUGCCCGAGCGGCCGCCUGGGUGCUGGGACCGUGGGCCAGUUCGACCAGGACCUGAGCGACUGGAUGAACGAGCAGUACAUGGAAGGCUACGACCACUGGCGCGGGUCGAACAUGAUGGCGGCGAUCGCCUGGGCAGACCCUCGCCUGGGCCGCGUGGGGGGGCACGGGCUUCCCCUUUCGCGGCAGGCGCUGAAGGGCUGGCGACUCCUGACGCCCGCCUCCAGCCGCCUGCCGCUGCCGGCCGAGGUGGUGCUUGCCAUCGCGAUGGAGCUGCUGGUGAUGGACCGCUGGAGCAUGGCCGUGUGCACCAUGCUGUCCCUCGUUUUCCUCAUGAGGCCCGGAGCCCUUGUUCGCCUUCAGCGCCAGGCCGAGUUCGCGCGGUGCUUCAAGACGGCCGGCGCAAAGCUGUUGCUGCAGCGCCCUCCGCCGCCCUACAUCCUGCGACACUCGGGCGCCAGCCGCGACUUCACCGAGCAACGCAGAACGCUGGUCGGGGUGAAGCGCCGGGGAAGGUGGCGCACAGACGCGAGCAUCAGGCGCUACGAGAAGUGGGGCAGACUGGGCAGCGAGUUCGCCAAGCUGCCGCUCUGCCUCCAGAACCAUGCACGCUGGUGCCUUAGGUACUUCCCCGCGGCGCUCUCCGGAUCGCUGCAGCCACGCGGGUUCCGCGCCCCCUGA